CAUAUCCACCCAUAUUCAUUUCAAUCUACUUGCCGGACCAAUAUGGUUGGAUCUCGUGCGCUAUAUGCACACAAUAAAUACAGGCUUAAAUCUUCCAUUGCUUUGAUUUCUGUCUGAAUUUUUUCCAGGUCUUGGCAACUCUUUUCUUGUUCUUAUUUCUGUGCUCUGAGAUUCAAAAAACCCUUAGAAUUCCAAUUAAAUAAUCCCAUGCAAAUCAAUCUCACUUAUCAGCAGUUUCACUACCUCCACCUCUCUCGCCUGUUUUCUUACAUUUUUGUUUUGCGACAGCAGAAUUUCCCAUUCAUUUUUCGUUGUAUCUGUUCCUAUUGCUUUGCAUUCCAUCAAAUUUCAUCUUUCCAUUGCUUCAUAUCAAUUUUUUACCAAACUUCUUUUUUUCUCUUUUCUUCUCUUUUUUACUCUUUUUUUUUUUUUUCUCUUUCCUUCUUGUUUUUUUCUUUAUUUUUUUCUCACUUCUUUUGUUUAUUUUUUUACUCUGCAAAUUCCAUUUUUACUUUCCCAAAUAAGGGUUCACUGCACUGCAUACAAAUCCGUCGUCCUGGAUUUGGUUUUUCCCAAUAAAUAAGACCUUUUCAAGUGUACUCGAACGUUAUUUCAAAUCUUAUUCACCCGCAAAAGCUUAAUUGUUCUUUUCCAUUGCCGCUA